GGGGAUGUCAUUUCGCAGCCUCUUCAGCCGCUCCUUAGCGGGCCCAUCGAGAUACGUCCAGAAGGCGCAAAGAUCUGCCACGACCCUCUCGCAGCCCUCUUCCCUCGCCCCAUGGAUCAGCCCCCCCUGUGCGUUUGGCGGCCCAUCUGCCAUGAGCGUCUUCGCCUGUCGUCGCCUGAGCACGAGCCGGGUGCACCACAUCCCAUUGCCUUUGUUUGAGGAGGCGACCAAGUUCUUCUUGCGGAAGCCGAAGAUAGAGGGCGCGACGUACGACGACAUUCAGCUCAAGGAGCCGAGCAAGGACGACCUGGCCAAGUUCAGCAAGGAGAGCGGCAAGUUCCUGCGGUUCCUCAAGAUCUGGUGCGAGGAGGACGGCCGCGGCCAGCAGUGGGUUGAGUACGUCAAGCAGUACGACACGACGGGCCACCUGACCGUCGAGCGCGACGUAUACCUGACGCGCGAUGAGGUCUCGAGCGCCAUGAUCGAGAGCGGCUACGACUACAAGGAGGUGUACGCCCUCGAGACGUUCUUCUCGCCCGACGACAAGUUCCACUACCCCGAGAUCAGCAUCCUCUUCAACAUCGACGAGCAGCACACCUACGAGUACUGCAUGCGCGUGCGGGCCAGGAACCACUCGGUCGUCGCCGUCAAGGAGGAGAGACGGCCGGCCCUCGUCCGCAGCUACGCCCUUUUCUUCGCCGCCGUGGCCUUCUUCUUCAGCUACACGCCGCUGUCGAGCUACAUCUUCAUCGGCAAGCUCAUCCCGUCGACGCUGCUCUACUACUUCCUGGUCUUCCAGGGGCUGGGGAUGCCGCUGGACGCUGCGAUGCGCCAGAUCUCCCGGCUGGCGUGCGAGAAGCAGAUGAUGACGGUGCUCGACGGCGAGGAGGCCAUCGCUAUGCGCAUGAGGGACUUCGCCCAGGACGGCGAGUGCCUCAAGUCCCUCAACGAGUUCAAGGGCGAGGCCCAGGCGUCCCUUAUCGCCUACCACAAGGCCCUGGUGGUGCGGCAGAAACAGGCACUCAAGGAGAAGCUCAGCCGGCAGCUGCUGUCCAUCCAGCAGGCCGAGGCGUCCAUCGGCGCGUCGCUGCAGGACGUCAUGGUCAGGGAGCUCGUCAAGAUGUUCCGGGAGACCUUCCCCAAGGACGCACAGCUGCAGGACGCCGCCCUCAAGAGCGCCAUCGCCAACAUCGCCGGCGACAAGGUCCAGGACCCGAUCGCCGGCAAGUUCCUGUCGGCCCUAAAGGACCUCUCAGCGGCCGAUCUUGAGAAGACCAAGGGCAACGAGGCGGGCACUUUGGUGGAGCGCGUGGCGGCCGUGUUCCAGCAGAAGGAGAAGGACUUCCUGUCCAACUUCACUGUCAAGGGCGAGGAGGUCAGCGAGCUCAAACAGAUCAUCGCCAAGAUCAAGACCGGCACAGCUGACGGAUACGACUUCAAAAAACUCGACACGGCGACCUCUCAGGUGCGUCCACGAGGAAGAGACACCCAACACACACUCAUCCAUCCAUCCAUCCAUCCAUUAUAACGCACACACAUGCUGUGCUGUCCUGUCUCUCUGUGUGUGUGUGUGUGCAGAAGCUGGACUCGCUGUACUCGUCGAUCAACGCCCGGAUGGGUUUCGACGUGGCGGACGAGCGCAUGAUAACCGUCACCACCCAGGACACCAUGCCCAUCCAUGACGCGGGAGCCGCCGACUUCGUCGAGGCCGUCAACGCCAAGGUGGCUGCCUCGGCGGACAAGAUCCGCACCAACCGGCUGACGGCUUUCCUCAAGGCUUUCGACUGACUGACUUGUGAGUGAGGCGGCUGUGGGUGGGUGUGGGUGUGGGUGGGAGGCUGGAGCGUUUUGGUUGGUGGUGGUGGUAUAUGCGGUUGUGCACACGGACGGAUGUGUGAAUGGUGCAUCCGUCAAAGCAGUCAGUCGUACUUUGUGUGAGGUCAGGUGGUGGAUGGCAUGGCCACAUGGCUGCCGGCCGGCCAGCCAGCCGGUGUGGGGCAGAGACGCAUGCACGCAAAUUCCUGUGUGUCGGGUGACAGCGAGCGCGGCGUACAAGUGGGUGGGUGGGUGACGUGUUUGCAGCUGUCAUGGGACCGACCAUUUAUUAUCGACGACUGGCUGCUGAAUGAGUGCAGUGAGUGAAUGGCUGAGGUCACCGUACUCACGGCAAAUGCAUGCGUGUAAGAGGCACACCCAGUAAGUCCACACACACACACACACACAGAGAGAGAGAGAGAGAGACACAGACACACAGCCCCGUGCGACUGGGUGUGUGUCAUGACCAUUUAGCGACUAUGAAUGCAUGGAGGGGGCGGCACUGCGAU